AAAAAAAUAACUUGCGCUUAGCUCCUUAAAACUGGUCCUAGACUCGCACUUUUUGACGAUGAAUCUCUUGACAAUCAUUCUCCUGGCAUCAAUAACUGUCAGUCCUCUUGGUGCAAGAGCCACACAGAGCUCAAACGCCGCGUGCGGUCCCAUCUCAUGCCGUUGGUUGAAGUGUGAUGAAACGUGUCCGGGAGAAUAUGUCGCAAUGACCAGAUCAUGCAACAUUAUCCGAGUUCAGGAGACUCAGUUGUUCUGUUGUACAAAUUCGUAGGGGUGUGGGGAGAACAUUAAGUGGUGCAAACAGGGGAGAGAAUAGCAGCAGGGAGUGCCGGGGGUUGGGAUCCGAGGUCCUCAAUCGUAUAUUCACUUUUUGUUUGAUGAUACAAUUCGUCUCAAUCAGAACACUUGGAAAUUAC